CCCCCCCGCCCCCGCUGUUGAUUACACUCCCCUGAGCUUUGUAGGGCCUUGCUAUUGCUAGGAGUGUUUUGUGCAUUUUGGUAAAAUAUUCUGUCCUACCUGAGACUUUAACGUCUACAUUACAGUAAUAACCAAUGGCAGACGACGAAUUAGAGGCGAUACGGCGGCAAAGAAUGGCGGAGCUGCAGGCAAAGCAUGCGGAUGCUCCAAAUAAUCAGCAAGGAGAAGAGGCCAAACAAAGAGAAACGGAAAUGAGAAACUCGAUACUGGCUCAAGUUCUAGACCAGUCGGCCCGUGCAAGAUUGAGCAAUCUUGCACUGGUCAAACCAGAGAAGGCAAAUGCAGUUGAAAACUAUCUUAUACAAAUGGCUCGGUUUGGAAAAUUAGGAGGAAAGAUUUCGGAAUCAGGCCUGAUUGAGAUCCUAGAAAAAGUCAGCCAGCAAACAGAGAAAAAGACCACUGUCACAUUCAACAGACGGAGAGUGAUGGACUCCGAUGAUGAAGACGAUUACUAACUUUGAGCAGAUGUCCUGGAAUGACCCAAGAGUCCAGGAGUAGAUAUGAUGAGUCUAAAAGGAUCAUUGACUUGUGUGUUCUUCUUAUCAAACUCCUUUGAAGACACACAAGCUUCACUAUGUUUUUGGAAUGGACAUACCAAGAUGGAAGAACAAGGACGAUUGUUUGAUGUUUUGGCUUGUGGUGGGGAGGUGGAUACACAGUGUCCAGGAAGGUUUUCUUUUGCAAUCUUCUCUUGAGUGGCUACAGAUUUGUACAGCUUGUGUUGUACCCCUGAUAACUGAUGGCACUGUUUGACUCCUUCAGUCCUUCACAGUAGUUACUUUUUAUUUCUCAAUAUAGUUAUCAUUUCUGUUCUCAAACAUAAGAAGCUAGACAAAAUGCAAAACAUGCUGCUGCAGAUGCAUUUUCUCUGGACUGUUUUGUGAAUACUUUUUUUUUUUUUCAGGGCUAACAUUACAUUAUCUUUGGGUUUUGCUUUUGGAUAUAUUUUUUUGACUUGCCCGUCAUUCAAAGGUUUACAUAAAAGAAAUGGUUAAAAAAAGCCUUAAAUUUAAAUGAGUGUUUUUCUAGUGAACCAUUUCGAAUUAUUCUCUAUCACAAAUUAUUGUUCAGGCUUCUGAAAACGGUUACAUGUUAGCUUUUAUGCAAGUUAUUGUAUGUUCAACUGAGUUGCACAGAAAUUUUUGCAGCAUCAAUCACAGUAACUUCACCCUCAUAAAAAGUAGACUAGGCUUUAUCUUUGGAUGGUUUGUUGAAACAGUGUUCAUAAUUUGAAUUUAAUUUUAGAACUGGGGUUAACAAAUGCCAAAUGUAUCCUAUAACUUUUUAAAUAAAAAGCAUUGGGAGAAA